UUUGAGAACAUAAUAUUAUAAAAUAAGGGCAUUUUAAAGAGAUCGAGAUUGCUUGGUUAUCUUUCUGAAGUUUGAAUUCAAAUAUGGGUAAAAGUUUAACAGAAAAGGACUUUGUCCAAGUUGAAUCCUGGAUCGGAACUGGACCCAAAACAUUCAAUCUGCUGUACAGCAUAACAAGGGAUGGCUGUGACCCGAGUAUGUUUCAUCAGAAAUGUGACAACCAAGGACCAACACUAACAGUCUUGUACAACAAGGAGGGUUCCGUUUAUGGAGGUUACGCAAGUGUUAAAUGGAUCUCGUCGCCAAACGGAUUGGAUCAAAAUGACAAUUCUGCAUUUUUAUACCAAUUGUAUUAUUCUGGCCGUAACACGCCUAAGAAAUAUCCAGUAAAACCCGGACACACAGCCAUUUGUUCAGCAACAAGCUUGGGUCCGUUAUUUGGAAGUAAUCAUGUGUAUGACGUAUUUACAUUUAGUGGAAGUAUUCAAAACAUUUCUUCGGGUGAAUACAAUCUGAAUGGUGACAUGCAAACAUACUUCGGUAAAAACUACGAUACUGCGGGAAUAUCAUCCAAGGAAUUCAACAACGGACACAUUAGAGUGACAGAGUUGGAGGUUUAUGCCGUCAAAGAUGACCAAAGAAAACCGAAGGCUUUACCAACUCCAUGGCGGAAAACUGCAGAAUUUGGGCCCACGGUGUUGGGGAGCUUGAAAGAAGAAGUCAAAGGCAUUCAACCGCCAGAAGGACUCGACGUGCCACAAUUCAACAUUCUAUUGUUGGGGCCUUUAGGCUCGGGUAAAUCGAGCGUCUGCAAUUUGGUGGCAUCUGUGUUUCGUGGGAGAAUAUCACACCGCGCAAGAGUAGGUGGUAACGUUCAAACCAGCACAACAACCCAGUUGACGCCAUACACGUUUGGGGAUAAAGCCAGCCUUCAGCUCUAUGACACGAGAGGUAUAGCGGAGUCGGACACAUUGGACCUUCUGCAAUGCAAUUUCAUACUUGACGGUCACGUUCCGGAUUUUUAUGAGAUGUCACCCACACAUCUCUUAAAAUGUGACGACGCCGAAUUUCGUCAUCAAGCCGCGUUAAAAAACAAAAUUCACUGCGCUGUGUUUGUACUGGAUGGUUUGACUGUUGACGAUAUGUCCAAGUCAAUGCUGCAGAAACUACUGUCCUAUCGGGAUCUAUUGAACGGAAAGGGAAUACCACAAGCGGCGUUGAUCACAAAAAUUGACAAACUCUGCGAGCAGUCGGCUGAGAAUAUUAGUAACACUUUCCUUAGCCCAGCAGUCAAAGAGCUUGUUUACAAUGUUGCGGACCUACUGAAUCUUCCACGGAACAGCAUUCUGCCUGUUAAAAACUACGAGGAGGAAAUGGAAAGCGACGAGAACAUCAACAUCCUUGCUCUGUUUGCUGUCCGACAGAUCCUGUUCUUUGCAGAGGAUUAUUUGGAAAACAUGAAAGAUAAGCAAAGUAGAAGUAGGGGAAAUGCAAAUAGCGGUCAGGCUCAUAGUGAUGUGCGCGGAUCAGACACUGCCUAAAUAUGUUCACAAAUUAAGGUAGAAAAUGUUAAAGACAUCAAAUGAUUAACUUUACUGAAAAAGAAUACCAAUAAGCAUACACUGCUUAAAUAAUUUAAUAUAUACACAUGCUAACAUUCUUUUCACCGUCAAAUACUUAAGGUAUUCGAUAUUUAAAUAUGUAUAUUUGGAAGGCCUGGUUACCCCAUAUAAGUUUGGGUUUUAUUUGUAGAGAGUUGAGACAAAUAUACCUAGACACCUUGUGAUUGCCAAAUAAGUCAUUUCAUAUCCGAUUUUAAUUGAAAUAAAGAACAAAAAUAAGACUGAAAUUACUUUAUCUUAAUGUUAGUUCUUUUCAAAUGAUACCAGCCAUGAAAAGGUCACCAUGCAUCGAAAUUUGAUGGUACACGAGAUUAAAUAAAAUCGUCAGACAAAUAGACUAUUCGAAUACCUUUAAACUUUAAUUACAACCGGUAGUGUUGAGGUAGUAAGAAUUUGCAUGUGACCACUAUGGAAAUUAAACAAUGAUUUCAAAUGAUUUUCAAAUGAUUUUGACAUAUUUUGAAUUUAAAAUGUAACAUAAGCUUUGUUUAAACAAGUGUUUCAUUUGCAUGCUUUUGUUUAAGACGUAUACAUUUGUUAUUACCUACGUACGUUGUAGAUUGUUGAAACAGUAUGAAUUCAUCAUAUUUUAUCUAUUCAUAUUUACUUUGCGAUGUAACCUUAACCCCAUUAAACAACUAGUGUAAGCCUUGUACCAAUUGUUCUUCGCCACUAAAUGGCGACAAUUAACAAGACCCAUACAAGGAAACAGCUUUGCUUCAGCAAUAAUUCUAAUUGUAUGUAUGUAUGCUUAUAACCAACACUAAUUCCCUGUAAACUCCU